UUCUCCUCUCCAGUCUCUUUCACUUGCUGCUCUGACAGUGUAAGAGGAACCGGAGAGGAGCAGAUUCCUCAGGAUACUCCAAACUUCCAGAGCACCUUGGGAUGAAGGCAUUCAUUUCAAAUUUGGCUUGGAUUUUAGAAUGAAGUUUCCUUCUGUUUGUAGGAUGUUCUGAGUUUUGUGGCUGAAAAGGCUUUCAGAGGUGCUGCUUCAUGACUCGUAUGUGAGUCUCUUUCUCCUCUUGCAGCUGCUUUCUGAAGAGCUGAGGCAUUGUGUCUGCAAGCAUUUCAGUCUGUUUUCCCAGGAACAACUCAGGUUUUCCCAAUUCAAGACUGGAUACUCUCUGGCUUUGCCUUGUCCCACAAGGAAUGGACCUCCCUGUUCUUCAGUUCAUCACCAGACUGGCUUUGCUCAUCCAGGUGCAGGAAGGUGGAUAAGGCACAGCUUGGAAGGACAGAGACCUGCAAGCUCUUCUUUGUGCUUGUAUUUUAUGGAAUUCUUCUACCUACCUGACUGUGUUCUUAUCUGCUUGGUCAGAAACACCUUAGGAGUUGACUUUGAGAAUGAACGGUGAUGUUCUCUAGCCCCUCAUAACAUCAUACUGCAGCUGCCUCCUAUAUCAAGUCCUACUUCAAUGUGCUGCAGCUCAUCAGGACCUUGGAUCUUCUGCAAAUAGAGACUGGCAGCAGUCAACAGUCAGAUAUGACUGUCCAGAAACUGGUAGCCACAGCUGUGUUGGUAGCCCUGGUCUCACUUAUUCUUAACAAUGCAGCUGCCUUUACUCCCAAUUGGGUAUACCAGACCCUGGAGGAUGGGCGUAAGCGCAGUGUGGGGCUGUGGAAGAUGUGCUGGCUGGCAGAGAAGGGAAGAGGAGGAGGUGCAGGCACGGGCACCAGACAUGGGCAAGGGGAGGAGCGAGAGUGUGAAUCCCUGGGCUGGGGUUCAGAGUCAGCCGGGUUCCAGGAAUCUCGUAGCACUGUCAAACUGCAGUUUGACAUGAUGCGGGCCUGUAACCUAAUCGCUACCGUCGCCUUGACUGCUGGUCAGCUCAUUUUCGUCUUGGGCCUAGUGGAACUGCCUGUUAUUUCACAGGAUGUCCAGUGGUGGGAAGAAGCCAUAGCUGCUGUGUUCCAACUUGCCAGUUUUGUUCUGGUCAUUGGAUUGGUAACUUUCUACCGUAUAGGGCCCUACACCAACUUGUCCUGGUCUUGCUACCUGAACAUUGGGGCCUGCCUCCUGGCCACACUGGCAGCCGCCAUCCUCAUAUGGAACAUCCUUCACAGGCGGGAGGACUGCAUGGCGCCUCGGGUCAUUGUCAUUAGCCGCACCCUGACUGCUCACUUCCGCCGGGGGCUGGAGAAUGACUAUGUUGAGUCACCAUGCUGAGAACAUGUGCUUGAAAAGGGAGAGUCCUCUGAGGAGACUUGCAUUGGAAUUGUUUUCUAUAAGUAUACACUGUAAUUUAAAACUAAGUGUUGAAGGACAUCACAAAGCUCACUUCUUUUGAAGACGCCCUCAAUUAUUAUUUGGAUGGGCUCCAUCUAUCUAUAUAUGUAUAAUACACAUAAUUAUAUAUAUA